AUUCGUCCAAUCGCGUGCGGAAGAGUGUUUUUUCGGUUUUCAACGUCUUGUUUUAGCUUUACAGCGCAUGAAGUAAAGGGAUACUAAACUGUGCUAAAAAAUAAUAUCUGCUGACUUUCUCACUAAAUUAAGAUCGUAGCAUUUGCAGGAAUUAUCUGGAAGGAUUAGCCUGUGAUUUUGUGUAAUUUCUCUCAUCAUUCUAUAAACAAAUAAAUAUUAGAUCGAAAUAGUUGGUGUGAUAAAAUCUUAAAUAUCAGAUUUUCAAGAAAUCUUUCAAGGAAUGAGACUAAAUUUAUUCUUUCCCAUUGCAACUUGUUUGCUUUGGACAGCUAUUGAAGUUGCAUGUGAAAAAAAUUAUUAUGAAAUAUUAGGAGUUGAUAAGAAGGCAAGUAACAAAGAAAUUAAGAAGGCUUUCCGAAAAUUAGCAAUGGAAUAUCACCCUGAUAAAAAUAAAGAUCCUGAUGCUGAAGAAAAGUUUCGCAAAAUUGCAGAAGCUUAUGAAGUAUUAUCUGAUGAGAAUAAAAGACGGGAGUAUGAUCAAUUAGGAAGUUCUCCAUUUCAUAGUGGUGGUGGAGGUGGACAUCAUGGAUUCCAUUUUGACAUGAAUGAAUUUUUCAGUAAAUUUGAUGCAUUUGCAUCCAGGUCUCAUGGUUCAAGAAGGAAAACAAGUUUUGGAUCCUUUUCUGGUAGCAAUUUCUUCAAUUUCGAUGAUUUAUUUUCUGACUUUGAACAAGAAGAGGAAGAAGAAGGAUUUGGAUUUUUUGGUGACUUUUUUGGCAGCAAAAAUAGUUUUUUUGGUGAUCAUUUUGGUGCAAAUAGUGAUAUGCCCAAUAUUCGCAGCCAUCAUAAAGUAUUCAGUUCAUCAGGUGGUAGUCGUUGCAGCACUGUUACACAACGUGUUGGUAAUAGAGUUACAACAUACACACAAUGUUCUUAAAUCGAGACAAGCUCAAUUGUACAGCAUUUGUGUAUUUUUGCCUUUAUUGUAAAAUAGUGUAAAGUAUUUAUAUUUAAAUAAUUUGCAAAGUUAUACAAAGUGUGUGCCAUGCUGUCUUUCUGUGGUACAAAAUUUACUAUAGAUGUAGGUUUAUUUGAAGAUAUUCUUGCAGUAUGAAAUUAUCAGUGAGAUAUUGAAAGCUUACCUCUUUGAUAUUUGUAAUAUAUUUUAUAUAAAUGAUAUAUAUUGUAAAUUAAUAAAGUUUUUUUUAUCAAGAA